AUGAGUAAGCGCUUGGGAAAAGAGACAGUUUCGGGUACUCCAGCGAAACAAUCCAAACAUUGGUCUAUAGGUCUGCUUGAAUCUAUGAGAGACCCUGAAUGUAUUGUAAAGCAAACUAAAAAAAUUGUUGUGAUCCGUGAUAAGUAUCCUAAAGCAAAAAUCCACUAUCUAAUGUUACCUCAUGAGAAUAUAAGCAGUAUUCAUAAGUUAAACAGUACUCACAUUGAUCUAUUAAAAGAAUUCAAUAAGAUAUAUGAAGAAAUAAAAAUAGAAAAUGAAGAUCAUUCUCUGAAAGCUGGAUUUCAUGCAGUACCUUCCAUGCAAAGGUUACACAUGCACAUUAUAAGCAAAGAUAUGGUAUCCCCUUGUUUAAAGACUAAAAUGCAUUGGAACAGCUUUACAACUGACUUUUUCAUAAAUUAUGAAGAUAUUUUAAAGGAGUUGAAAGAGACAGGAUCCAUUAAGAAAAUAUCCCCCGAUUUACACAAAAAACUUUUAGCAACACCUUUACAGUGUAACCAAUGCAGCUUUAAACCCAAGAAUAUGCCUGACUUAAAAGAUCAUUUAAUGUCUCAUAUGAAUGUAUAA